UUGGAGCAGAGGACACAGGCACAGGAUGGCCAACGCGACGCGCAUAUUCUGCAGUAUGGUUUUCAUCAUCGGGUUGCUGUCCUCUCCUGUGGAUUCAAAAAGAAACCGAGGUUCACAAGGCGCCAUUCCUCAUCCUGACAAAAACAACCCAAACGAAUCGGAGCAGCAACCGCAGCCUCCGCAGGCGGGCUCCGGGUCCCGGCAGAGGCCCGGCUCGUCCUCACCGGCCGACGAGGUGCUGGAGUCCAGCCAGGAGGCUCUGCACGUGACGGAGCGCCAGUAUUUGAAACGGGACUGGUGCAAGACGCAGCCUCUCAAACAGACGAUCCACGAGGACGGCUGCGUCAGCCGCACCAUCAUCAACCGCUUCUGCUACGGACAGUGCAACUCCUUCUACAUCCCCAGGCACAUCCGCAGGGAGGAGGGCGCCUUCCAGUCCUGCUCCUUCUGCAAGCCCAAGCGCUUCACCACCAUGACGUUCACGUUGAACUGUCCGGACCAGCAGCCGCCCACCAAGAAGAAGCGCAUCCAGCGCGUCAAGCAGUGCCGCUGCAUAUCCAUAGACCUGGACUAGACACGCCGCGUGGGCAGGAUUGUUGAUAGUACUUUCUCUGGUUGUCGCGCAGCCAAGAACACGUGCCUUUCUCCAUCUGGAGAUGUGCGCCACAUCCUCUGACAUGUUCGAUUCCCCUCCGAGCCGCAUUACUCCGCACCGGGUUGAAAACAAGCGCCACCGCACGGAGACCCCGCACGUUUUUACGCACGGCUUUCUCACCCCAGUAGGACUGCACAACCCCGGUUUUUUUUAAUUUUAUUUUCUUUUAAUUUAAUACUCCACUGCUCCAAACACUGCUGUGGCAGGAGACCCCCCCCCCCCCCCCCCCCCCCUCCGUCACGACCCUGUAUUUUUCUACCUGUUUAUAUCUAUAUAUGUAUAGUUGCUGAACUGGAUGUUUCCACUGUGUGGAAUUUGAUGAAUGGCUUUAUGCGUAAAUGAAAACUUGACUUUAUUUCGACAUUUCAAGAAUCGUUCAAGGUUAAACCAAAUUGAUUUCUGUGAAUUUCGAUUUUUUUUUUUUUAUGUCCACCUGUAUUUGUUUUAAGCCGGCAGCCUACUUUAAAUAAAUAAAGAGCUAAUAGGCUUUUUUCUCCUUAGUUUAUAUGGACGGUGUACAGUGAUGAUUUAUAGUUUACAGAUUAAAUAGAUGCGAAUCCCACUUUGAUGUAACCGUUUUUGUUUAUUCCUUUGAUUAAA